AUGAUGAUGGGAACAUUUUUGUUUGUUUUGCUACUUGCUCUGCUGAUUCUCUUCUUCCUGAGACAACUCUGGUCCCAAAGACAUUUGCCUCCUGGUCCUUUGGCUCUACCUCUCGUUGGGACCUUGUGGGCUUACGGGAUUUCGUUUCGUGAAGAUUAUUUUCGUAUUAUUUUCUCUAAUGGCCACGUCUGGAAACAGCAGCGACACAUCGGCAUCACUACUCUGAGGAAGCUGGGCCUGGGGAAGAAGAGCAUUGAGCAUCAAAUAGAAGACGCAGCUCAGACGUUGGUGGAAACAUUUAAAAAAACAAAAGGACAGCCAUUUGACCCUUCAAUGCCAGUAAUAAAUACAGCUACUAAUUUCAUAUGUACUUUGAGUUUUGGACAUCAGUUUGCUCCUGAAGAUGAAAACUUCCAGAAACUAAUUCAAGCAUUAGAAAUUAUUGUAAAAUUCGGUGGUAGCUUUUUUUAUGUGAAAACUUGCAUAGAAUUCAUUGUAAUUUUCAUUUUCCAUUUUAAACAUCAGAGCAGGAAUGACACCAACUCUACCUACAAUGAAGAGAACCUGGCUCGGUGUAUUGUUGAUUUUUUUGGUGCUGGGACAGAGACAACCUUUAUUAUUCUGAUGUGGGCACUGCUCCUCUUGACCAAUUAUCCUGACAUCCAAGAGAAAGUCCAGAAGGAGAUUGAAGAUGCCUUUAGUUCCUCAGUCUCAAUUUCCUAUCAGGAUCGGAAGAAGCUGCCCUACACCAAUGCCGUGAUUCAUGAAAUGCAGCGUUUAAAAAGUGUCUUCCUAGUUGGGUUGCCCAGGCAAACUACAAAGGAUGUGACGGUGAAGGGUUACCACAUUCCAAAGAGCACCAUGAUUUUGCCUGACCUGCGUUCUGUUCUUCUUGACCCUGAACAAUGGGAGACACCUGAAGAAUUCAACCCAAAUCAUUUUUUAGAUAAGGAUGGGAAGUUCAUUGAACGAGAAGAGUUUCUGCCCUUCGGAAUAGGUCAGCGUGCAUGUGUGGGAGAGCAGCUGGCAAGAAUUGAGAUCUUCAUCUUUCUGACCAAUCUGUUGAGGGCCUUCAGCUUCCGGUUGCCUGAAGGAGUGAAAGAACUCAAUGAAGCCCCUAUUGUAAAUGUGACAAUGCAUCCACACCCUUACAAACUGUGUGCUAUUCCCACAAAGGCUUAA